CUCCCGCGGGUCCCCGCCCCCGUCACGUGGGCUCCAGGCCCGGCCGCUGCCGGUCGGUUCGCUGGUUGGUCGGUCAGUUGGUCGGUGGGUCAGUGGCCUGCAGCUUGGUUCUUGGCUCUCAUGUUCUGAGGUGGGAGCGACACGGGAAAGGCCCGCACACCUGAGCUGCCCGGAGAGGAGCCCCGCACCCAGUAGGAGAGGAGGAGCCUGAGCAGGAAGCAGGAGUCAUGGCUUCUGAUGCAAGUCACGCGCUGGAAGCUGCCCUGGAGCAGAUGGACGGGAUCAUAGCAGGCACUAAAACAGGGGCGGAUAUAAGUGAUGGUACCUGUGAGCCUGGACUGGCCUCCCCAGCCUCCUACAUGAAUCCUUUCCCGGUGCUCCAUCUCGUCGAGGACCUGAGGCUGGCCUUGGAGAUGCUAGAGCAUCCUCAGGAGAGAGCAGCCCUCCUGAGCCAGAUCCCAGGCCCCACCGCUGCCUACAUAAAGGAGUGCUUCGAGGAGAGCUUGUCCCAGGUAAAUCACCACGGUGCUGCUAGCAAUGAAACGUACCAGGAACGCUUGGCACGUCUAGAAGGAGACAAGGAAUCCCUCAUAUUACAGGUGAGCGUCCUCACAGACCAGGUGGAAGCCCAAGGAGAGAAGAUUCGGGACCUGGAAGUGUGUCUGGAAGGACACCAGGUGAAACUCAAUGCUGCCGAAGAGAUGCUUCAACAGGAGCUGCUAAGUCGUACAUCUCUUGAGAGUCAGAAGCUCGAUUUGCUGACUGAAGUUUCUGAGCUGAAGCUCAAGCUGGUGGGCAUGGAGAAGGAGCAGAGAGAGCAGGAGGAGAAACAGAGAAAAGCAGAGUCGGUUCUGAAUGUGAUCAGUGAGCUGCAGGAGCAGAUGUGUAGGCUGCAGCUGGACAUCCACAGGCAGAUUCAAGAGCGCCUCUCCCUCAGUAGGGACCGCCCCGAGGAGGAGGCCGCAGCCCCGCCCCAGGCCCGCAGCCGGCACUGUGCCUGUUGGGAGGGGUCCCCUGAGUUACUGCAAGAGCUCCGGCACCUCAAAAUCAAGGUGGAAGAGCUGGAAAAUGAACGGAAUCAGUAUGAGUGGAAACUGAAAGCCACCAAGGCUGAGGUAGCCCAGCUGCAAGAGCAGGUGGCCUUGAAGGAUGCAGAAAUCGAGCGUCUGCACAGCCAGCUGUCCCGGACCACAGCUCUCCACAAUGACCAUGCAGAGAAAGACCAAGAAAUUCAACGUCUGAAAAUGGGGAUGGAAACUUUGCUUGUUGCCAACGAAGAUAAGGACCGCCGGAUAGAGGAGCUUACUGAGCUGUUAAACCAGUACCGAAGGGUGAAGGAGAUCAUGAUGGCAACUCAAGGCCCUUCGGAAAGAACUCUCUCAGUCAAUGAGGAGGAACUGGAGGGAAGUUUCAGAAAGUGGAACACUGCAAAUAAGGGCCCCGAGGAACUAUUUAAACCAGAGAUGUCUCCGAGAUGUAGCUCUCCGACCAUGGGGCCACCUCCACUACCACAGAAAUCAUUGGAAACCAGGGCUCAGAAAAAACUCUCCUGUAGUCUGGAAGACUUGAGAAGUGGAUCUGUGGAUAAGUGUGUCGAUGGGAACCAACUCUCCCCCGUGGUAGAACCGAAGGGUGGCCCUUUCCUGGCAGAUCACAAAUACCCUACGUUACCCGGGAAGCUUUCAGGAGCCACGCCCAACGGAGAGGCUGCCAAAGCUGCUCCCACCGCCUCCCUGCCUGACCCCGCAGGGAGCAGCCUCCUGAGGCUGAAUCGUGGCCGGAGUGUCAGUGCCCCCGCAUUAGGAGACACAGAAAGUGGUUGGGAUGACACCGCCAUGGCCAACGACUUCUCAUCCACAUCAUCGGGCACUGACUCCAGCCCCCAGUCUCCCCUGACACCAGACGGUAAACGGAGCCCCAAAGGCAUCAAGAAAUUCUGGGGGAGAAUCCGAAGAACUCAAUCAGGAAAUUUCAACACUGAUGCUCCAGGGGUGGCCGAGUUUCGACGGGGCGGGCUCCGGGCAACUGCAGGGCCAAGACUCUCCAGGCCCAGAGACCCCAAGGGUCAGAAAAGUGAUGCCAAUGCCCCCUUCGCCCAGUGGAGCACAGAGCGUGUGUGUGCCUGGCUGGAGGACUUCGGCUUGGCUCAGUACGUGAUCUUUGCCAGGCAGUGGGUGACUUCUGGCCACACUUUACUGACAGCUACCCCUCAGGACAUGGAAAAGGAGCUGGGAAUUAAGCAUCCUCUUCACAGGAAAAAGCUGGUUUUAGCAGUGAAGGCCAUCAACACCAAGCAGGAGGAGAAGUCGGCCCUGCUGGACCACAUUUGGGUGACACGUUGGCUCGAUGACAUUGGCUUACCGCAGUACAAAGACCAGUUUCAUGAGUCCAGAGUGGACGGGCGCAUGCUGCAGUACCUGACUGUGAAUGAUCUACUCUUCCUAAAAGUCACCAGCCAACUACAUCAUCUCAGCAUCAAAUGUGCCAUUCACGUGCUGCACGUCAACAAGUUCAACCCCCACUGCCUGCACCGGCGGCCAGCUGAUGAGAGUAACCUUUCUCCUUCAGAAGUGGUGCAGUGGUCCAACCACAGGGUGAUGGAGUGGUUGCGGUCUGUGGACCUUGCGGAAUAUGCACCCAACCUUCGUGGGAGCGGUGUCCAUGGAGGUCUCAUUAUCCUGGAGCCACGCUUCACUGGGGACACUCUGGCCAUGCUUCUCAAUAUCCCCCCACAGAAGACGCUCCUCAGACGCCACUUGACCACCAAAUUCAGUGCCUUGAUUGGUCCUGAGGCUGAGCAGGAGAAGCGAGAGAAAAUGACCUCACCGGCUUACACGCCACUGACCACCACAGCCAAAGUCCGGCCACGGAAACUGGGAUUUUCACAUUUUGGAAACAUAAGGAAAAAGAAGUUUGAUGAAUCGACAGACUACAUUUGCCCGAUGGAGCCCAGUGACAGUGUCGGUGACAGUCAGAGGGCCUACAGUGGCUACCGGGGCCUCAGCCCCCUCGAUGGCCCUGAAAUGGAUGGGCUGGACCAGAUGGCACCUUCAGAAGGCACCGUGACGCAGAUAGGGCUCCUCUCCCAAGACAUUCACCGCCUCACGGUAGGACUCUGGCCCUCUCUCCACAGUAGGACAGGUACUGGGGAGGCCCUGGGAGUCUGGUGUGGUGGUGCACAAGGCCUGGCGCAGCCCCCGUGCCUAUCUGAACCUGUGUCAUCAGCAUCUCUGCUGGGGGAGGAGCAGCAGGUGGGGCUGGGUGCCGGAGUCAACCCUGAGGCAGAAGGCAGCCCAGAGGCCUCUGUUAGCCUGCCGCUAGCCUUCUAAAGGUGCCCGGUCUCAGACCCUCUUCCCAGGCUGAGAGACGGUGAGGAAACCAGGGUGCUCAGCAGCUCUGGGUCACCUGCCUAGUCAGCCCAAAUCCCAGGCCUCAUGCCCAGCCUGGUGGACACCGUUCUGCCCUCUCUGUCCAUGAGACACACGUAUUUCCUACUACGCCUCUGACUGCAUGGGCCUGUGAGCGCAUCACAGUGUGUCCAGUGGGGAAGCAGCUUAGUCCUGGGCAAGAUGAGCCAUUCUGGAGGGAGGCUGACCUGGUCCCUGUCUGCGACCUUGGGCAAAUCACUCUCUCUGAGCCCUGACUUCCUUAUCUGUAAAGCAGAGUAAUAGCCUCCUUGCAGGGCGGGUAGGCAGACUGGAGCUGGCGGUGCAAGGCCGGUCCCAGAAGGACUGCCCCAGCACCGAGCCCACAGGCCGCAGCAAGUGUCCCUGCUGAGUCCUUGUUGCUGUUUUCCUGACUUACUGCGGCAGGUUAAGAAGACGAGGUUGGGGAGCAUCUCCAUGAAUCUGAACAGGAUUCACUUUUUUUCAACUUGUGUUUUCUUGGCUCUCACACUGAAAUGAAUCCACCCAGCCUUGCCCUUAUCACUUCUGAUUGCCUUAUCACUUCUGAUUGAUAGGCCUCUGGCGGCCCUGAAAUAGCAAUCUGACCUCCAAGGUACAAGCAGUUUAUUCUUGAUAGUGUUGUCUAUUCUAACCCAACACAUGGGGUCCCUGAGACCCCCAUGAGCUUAGAGGACACAGGUGUCAGAUGGGGCACACCCAGUGCCCCACUGCUUCACCUGUAGUGGCCACAGGACAGCCUUGACCAGAACGCUGUUGAACCCCAGCUGUGGCCAUGUCCUUUCAGACCAUGCUGACCCAAGACCAGCUGCUGACUGACUCCCACCUGGCCGCUCCCAACUGACGACUGGAGAUGACGCUUACUGGCUGAGGGCCUGGUCAGGCACGUGUAGGGCCCGAGUCUGCAAUGGGGGGGUGGCCCACAGCCACCUGCAGAGCCCAGGCCUGGCAGCAGGGCAUCUCCGACAGCCGACAGGACAAAGUGGGGCAUGUUCACUACACCACGCCCCUAGUGGCAGGACUGGGUAAUACAGAAGUCAGAUGCCUGAAGAGGCAGGCCACGUUCCAGUCUGUCCGUCCUUCCUUUCCUCCCUCCCUUCUCUCCUCUCCUUCCCCCCUCCCAAACAGAACCACACUCAUCCCAUAUCUCCUGCACUUAACUUUAUUUCAAUAAGCUAUGGGGAGGGGGAUACUGAAAUGAAAUUCCUCAGGCCUCCCCCAAGCAAGGAAACCGGAACCCACUCUCUCCAUCCUCUUGCAUUCUUCUUCACCCCACACCAAAGAGAGGAGCACCAGGUACCCAAGGUGCAUUACAAGUCACUUCCCUGUUUAACAUGGUGAAGCUGAGCUCACUUAGAAAGAUGAAGGCGACUAGACAAAUUUGGUCAGAGCAAGGGAGGUGUUAGUAGGUGAAAAUCAUAUCCUUGGUGUAACCCAGUUUCUCCAGGUUUGGGUGUGCAGCUGUCUGGAUCAGGGCUAGUGGGCCACAUACCAGGAUGAAUGUGGACCUCCCAGGAGGCGGGAGGUGCUCUUUGAUCAUAUCCUCGGUAAUGAAGCCUGAGCUGUACUUCCAGCCUGAGAUCAAGCAGAAGAAAGCUGUUGGGGAGGCCAGAUAGCUUCACUGACCCCUGGCCUCUCGACCACCCGCCCUCCCUCGCUCAAGCGAGAAAGAGGGAGACAAGCCUGCUCGCCAAGGCCUAGACACUGUUCUCUGCAGAGAGCUGGGAGUAGAGGACAUGGGGGACCCAGGCAGCCCUCUUCAGUAUCUCAGAUCUCAGUCUCACUGCUGGGACUCUGACGCCCUGGUGCUGGUGUCUGCCUGCUGUAAGCACUGGCGAGAGUGAGAUAAAGGUACCCAGGUGUGGUGUGACUCAAAGCAGUCUGGUGGAGGAGAGCUGUGCUGGGCAGCGUGCCCUGUGGCAUUUGGGGGCUGCUCAGUCGGUUGGGUGGCGCCCUCUGCUGGACAGCGAGCUGUAUGACAAGGCAGGCACAGCUCUGGACAGUGAGGGCCUGUGGGGUGUUGUGUUGUGGCUGGGAGCUAACUGGGGCUGCAGCAGCUGUAUGGGACUCAGCUUGUAAGGACUGCUAUCCUCAGCAAGGUGAGUGGUGCAGAGUCAAGAGGGGUCAGUGGCCGUGCCAGAUGUAGUGUGAGUGAUGGCUCUGUGGGAUGCCGUGUGGAGGGGGUGUUCAGGGUGGCCUGGGGCCUCUGUGUUCCUGAUGUUCAGUGCAGUGUGCAGCGUGCUGCUGAUACUGGACGCCUGCCCUAGGCUGCCCUUACAAGCAGGUCAUCCCAAAUCCUCUCUUCCUCAACUUCCUGAAUUUCCCCUGUGGCAACAUGGCCCAAGGCCUCAGCCACCAAGCCCAGAUCUAACCAACCAACCCACCCACCCACCCAGGGACUAGUCAUUGACUGAGUUAAGGGGACCCAUAGCAGGGACAAUGGGGACCAUACCAACAGGAGGCCUGUCCAGGGUGUACCACAGUUUGAACUGCUUUGGAUGGGUUCUGGCAACUUCUUCAAGCUCUUUUCUCAACAAGAUAUCCUCCUCUGUCUAGAAGAGAAGCAACAUGAGCCACGUCCUUCCAGGGUAUCCCACCUGUUCCCAGACCCAGCACACGGGUCAGGGCACACCCGCCCCAGUCACCCAGCUCUAGCUUGGGUACUCACUGCCAGCUCUGCGGCAAAUUCUGCCGCGGCUCCUGCACACAAACCCCCUCUUGUAGGGGGGGAGGCGCUGGGUGACUGCCCUCAAGCCAGAGGACAUGGCUGAGCCCUAGGGGUACCAGCCCCACCACCAGCAUCCACUCUGAGCGCCAGGCAAGGCAAAUCCGUACUGUCCUGGGAUCUGCAGGGACUGCGAGGGACCAGGGCAGUGAUCUAUGACAGUGUACAUAGUCUGCAGCACUGGAGAGCUACAGGAGAGAGGCAGAGGCUGGAGCCUCCACUGGGGAAAGUGAGCCAAAGCCUCAGAGAUGCUGCCCACAAGACCCGGAUCUUAAAACUCAUCCCGAUCCUUGUCCCAGUGAUUCCACUUCUGCAAUUCUGUUUAAGAAAAUCAUCUAAGCGUGAUAAAGCCUCAACACAAUUAUUCAGUGCUGUAUUGUUUGUAACUGUGAAAACUGAAAACAACCUGAAUGUGGAAGAUUUAGUAAAGGACGGUACAACUUGGUAUAGACUCAGAUGAAAAUAUUUAUAGAGUUUUAAAGAGAGGAAGAGGCCUGUGUGGCAAUGAUGAGUGAAAAAACCCCAAAAAUGAAAAACUGUAUGUGUAAUUGUAAAUAUACACCAUAUAUAGAAAAGAUUUUAAAAAAGUAAAA